AUGGACAGACACAAUGCAGACCGAAUAGCCUCCAUCUUAACGUCUGAAAACUUCCACAAUGCCCAUGGGAUAUCAAGGGCUACAUCGCCCGGCGGCGAGCCUGUCGAAGCAAAUGGUACAAAGAAGGCCAGAGUCCGACCACGUACAUACCCAUAUUUCAGCUACCUGCCAUACGAGACAGAAGAUGACAGCCAACGAGAGCAUAAUCUACACGAAAUCUUGAACUGCUUGUACGUGGCCGUCAAGGCUGGCGACUUCAGUCCCGGCGCUGUCCACUGGACCCGUGAACUGAGAGGUUGGCUCUCGCUCAAGUUUGACCCCACGAGGGAGGAACGCAUAAAGCUCGUGAGGCUCUACUAUGAAUUAUCGCUUGCUCCCGGCAUAGACCCGAAUGUCGCCGAACGGUUCGCGAGCAUGUUCAUGCUUCUUACAAAACGGAAGCAUUAUCUUCGACCCGUGAAGGAUUUGGUACUAGACUGGAAGCCUCUGUACAAAGAACUGAAGACCUUCGUCUUGCCGACCGAAUCUGGCUUGAUCCAUUCGACAAACUUGAAGCGCAAUAUCAAGACUCUUACCAAGCUGUGUGCGUUUUCGCAGCUGUACUUCGACCCUUGCGAAGUACCUGCGAUGCUGGAAGAAUUUCUCCCGCACUACACCACUUCGUUCUCAGAGGGUGCCUUUGUCGUCGUGGGAUUAAUGAACCUAUUGCUCCCUACCUCUCCCGCACCGGAGUCUCGAGAGGAUCUGCGGCCACAGAAAUAUCUCCCCACCUACUUCCAUCUAUGGUCCCUUGUCAAUCGAUCCAAGACAUUUGACAUGAACUUUUUGGACCUUCUAUCUCGACUAGCACGCGAUUCCUUGCCUGCAGCCCAUAUUCCUUUCUCAGAAUAUGGCCUCUUUACAAAAGAACAGUCCUCUCUCAUAUUUACAGCCAUUCUUAGACUGCUCGAAAUCCCCGUCGGGCAAGCUACCUCUCCGUAUAGUGCUCUUGUCGAUAUAUCUUCUGGCCUGGGGAUCAUGCUUGACCGUGAUUCACGAAAACAUCCUGUCGCCCAUCACAUAGCCCGUUGGAUUGUGAUGUCUUUGUCUCCCGCGUGCUUGGAUGCGCCAGAUUCCAUCCUCCAUCAACUUGAGGGCCUCAUUCAGGCUGUCGAGACAUUUUUCCACCCUUCUAAUUCAGGCGCUUGGACGAAAACAUUGGCCCAGCUAGUCUACUACCUCGCUGACUUCUUUAUCAUGCGGUGGAAUCGCGAACACAACGGGGAGAUGGAAGUGCCACCCGAAAGGAAGUUGAACGAGCCUUUGAGAAAACGGUUUGUUCUAUGUCUACGUGACGUGAUCUUCAUGGGCAUCUACGCCAAGAGUGGUACCGCCAUGAACUUUUCUCUGUCUACGUUACAAAGCCUUGCGUACCUUGAACCUCAACUCAUCCUGCCCGGCGCCUUGCAGAGAAUCUACCCGUCUAUGCAGGGCUUGGUCGAGGUGCAUCGAACUACCUCGUCCUUGAGAUCCCUCCAGACCCUAUCCAGAAUCAUCGUCCGUACCAAAGGUUUCCGUUGCCAUAUGACAACCUUGCUAGGACUUGCUCUGCCGGGCAUAGAUGCGAACGACCUGGAGAAGUCGAUGCACGCUCUGUCUUUCAUUCAGUCUGUCUGUUAUAAUAUCCCUCUAGAAGACCUAACGAAAGGACGAGACGAUGUCAACUGCAGCAUGUUAGCAAUGCAAUGGAUCACGGGCGAGGUCGAGAGAAUGGAGGUAGAAGGAGCCAAUGUCCAACUCAACUACGACACUGAUUUGAGCGAUGAGACCGAGGAAAUGAUUCUCCGAUCCUCCACCACCGGCUUUGGCGAGUUUUUGAUCUCUUUCUUGGGACGAGUAUUUACCCUUCUUGAGAAUCUUCCUGAUGCAUCCCGCGUGAAAACCGGCUCUCCCGAAGAGAACGUGGUCAACACCCUCCCCGCUACACUCAUGCCAUUAUUAUCAUCACUAUCACCAGAACUCUAUGAUAUGGCUCUGCAAAAGGUCGCUGACUUUGUUUCAAACCAUGUCAUACACCAAGCCAGAGAUGCAAUGGCGUUUAUCUGCAAUGCUAUCUGUAAGGUAAACCCUGAAAAGGCUCUGAAACGUUUCGUGCCUCUCUUGGUGCAGGCGAUCCGUUCUGAGAUCGAUGAGAACGGCGCAGCUUCUACGCGGACAACGGGUACAGAGGUAUUGCCUAGAGACAGAGCUCUCGUCUGGAACGUGAGUAUGCUGAGUAUGUGCGUGGUCCAUGUUGGCAGUGCAGUUCUCAACCAUAAGCAAGAACUUCUGGACAUCGCCAUCUACAUGCAAGAAAAGUGCAAAGGCAUUCCAACCAUUCACGUGUCCAAUUUCAUUCACCAUCUCCUUCUUAAUCUUACUGUCACGUACACCUUGGAUUACGGUCUUUUUGAGCGCGAGGAUGUCAAAGACGGUAUCAAAAUUGAGCACUGGGGCUAUCGUCCCGAUCCGCGCAAUUUGAAUAUCAAUUGGCACAUACCCAAUCGAGCAGAAAUUGAGUUUGCCGUGGCCCUUUUCCAGAGCCAAGCAGAUAACGCUCUAUCCCAGCUUACUGCCCUGACUGAUGGGACAUCUAGUGUAAAGCGAGAUGGAAGUGGGAAGGAGUGGUCCGAUGAAGUGACCAGGAAGCUUGUUUUGUUACGACUCAUCCUUUCCGGUAUAUCUGUGCUUUUUGAUUCAAAGGCAGCUUCCACAGCGGGCGACGAUGGUAGUGACGUGGAGAUGACUGAAGCCAAUGGACACACUUUGGAAGGUGAUAAUCAAGACGAGAGUGGCGAUUCUUCUCUAGACAGUUCCGACGAAGAGACCGUACGGGAGACAUUCACCUAUCCCACAGGAUACUCUUUGACUGAAGACGAUCCCUUGUACAAAACCAUUCAUGAAAUCAGACAAAAGGCUGGCUAUGUGCUUCAUGACGUCCAUUGCUUCCUCACAGAAAAGCAAGAGGAUGACGUUCCUUGCUUUGGGGCCUUGUACACCGCUUACAGAUCCUGGUUCAUCGAUGUUGGUAUCGAGAGAUCAGCUCACGUGUUAGAUCGGGUCACACGUCUUCUUGCUGCCGACAUCCAUCCGUACAAGGUGAGCGGUGUCCGCAAGGACUACCCACGGCCACUUCUCGUCAGAAGAGCGAAUGUAUAUCAUUUACAGCGUCUGCGACAUAAUGCGGCUCCACGGCCAAGAUCGAAGCUCGAUGAAAAGCUGUUUCUUGAUUUGGCUGAAUCUAGUGUUUCACUUUACACUGACAUUCGGCGAAACGCACAAAACGCCGGUGAAUCUGCUCUUAAAUCCGUCUGGGGCUCUCGGCUAGUGGUUAUACCUCCUUUGCUCAAAGCCUUGCAAAAGGCCAUCAAGGAGAACGACCACGCGCGGAUAAAGGGCGCGUUGCACUCUCUGCUAUAUGGUAGUCUAGCUAAACCCGCAGGGCGCCAUUGGAAGUAUACUCCAGCUCUUAUCAGAGCGUUUAUUGACGCUAGUAGCGUCGACAAGCCAUCUGUGCAGAAACUGUGUUCAGGAGCUGUGUAUCAGAUCAUGGAGUACGGACGUCCUCUGGAGAGGAUGGCUGUCCUCAACGAAGACAUUGUCAACUCCAUAGCGCCGACGAAGGAUGUUGAGAGUACGAUUGAACAAAGGCGCAAGUCGAUCAGCAAAAAGCGUGUUAGGAUUGAAAAUAGAAAAGCAGAACUUGCCGAAGAACUUGUAGAGUUGGCGCGAACUUCGCAUUGGAAGAUCGCUAGUCGAGCUGCCAGCAUUGUGGUUAGCAUGGGCCUGCGGUUCGAUUACAUCGCAAGCGAAAAGUUGGUCGAUUUAGUCACUACGGGAUCUGUCGAUACGCAUCCUGGUCUUCGGGGAAUGUAUUCACAGGCCUUGAUCGCUCUCUUUACUAUGAUUGAUGUGCGCGCCAUUUGCAGUCAUACCUACGAGAACUAUAUUCUGGGAGAGCAACAUUUCCCAGCAAGGAUUCAAGUUGCUACCAAACAAUACGAAAAGGGAUGGACAAAGGAAUACUUAUCUAGCUUUGCGGAUCCCGAAGCGGAGUACUACAUUGAUCAUGACUUCCCGGGAUGGCUUGUCUGGUCAAGCCAGAUGCCCGCGUAUAAGGCUGAUAUCAAAAAAGAUAUCGAGUACGACGACGUAGAGUGGAAAAUCCGCAGUCAUAUGGGCAAGCUUUUUGACCGUCAAUGGUUCCGCAGCUUUUUCUCCUACCUCAAGCAGGAGCCUCGCGAUGUGGCUGCCGACAAAUUCCGCAUGGCGUGCGCUAUGAUGUUGCUCUAUGUCUUUGAGUUGAUGAUUAGAGACGGACUCACUGCGGCUACAUUUGAUGAGAUCAAAGAGGAAAUCGCAUUAGUCUUUGAAGAUGGAAGCGAUAAACACCAACACAGAGCAACAGCCGAGAUUCUUGGUGCAUUGAUUAGCGCCGUAACAGACUCAGAUGUUAAAAAGAGAAGUCUUGUUUGGGAGUAUGCUUUCCCCAUGGUUCGGAAGAUCCUUGAAGACGGGCUUACACCAGAGAAUUCUGGCUACUGGACAACCUUCCUCCACAUGAUACUUCAGUGCAGAGAUCCUCGUCGUGCAUGGCCUUUGGUUGACUGGCUGGCAUCCUUCAGGUUGGAUAUGUCAUCCAAUGCAGCCUUUAAAGAGAGCUCUAAAAUCAGUUUACUGCAUCAGUGUAUCAUCGAUGCAGGCUGGCAUUUCCAGCUCGAGAAACCUAUUGUUGAAGAUUUUGUUGCUCACUUAGACCACCCUUACAAGGGAGUCCGCGAGGCUAUGGGCCAUACACUGGGGUCUAUUUUCCGCACCAGACAUCACGAAUCACACGCCGACGUUGAUAGUCUGAUUAAAGCUCAGAAUUCUUCAUCGUCUAUUGGGACCUAUCCUUAUAGUCCAACAGAAGAUUUCACCAAGAUGACCAAUAACAUUUUCGAGAAACUCGGAGUGUGGCGACAAGAACGACAACCAGGCCAGCAGACUCCGUCGUCGUACACAUCUGGUAGCAAGACGGUACUGCUCUGGCUUGACUCGACUCUAUCUUCUCAUGAAUGUACGCAGUUGGUGCCAUUUUUCGCAACGGUUUUCACGGAGGAGUUGCUUCACAUGAUGGACGUCAAGGAAGACCCCGAACUUCAGUCUCUUGCAUAUCACGUUUUCCGGCACCUCCCCAAUAUCCCUUAUCCAGCCGAGAGCGAGUCGGCGUUCAUCCAAACCCUAGUUAACAUUGGACAACAUGCGACAUCCUGGCAUCAACGGCUUCGUGUGAUGAUCAACAUGCAGAUCAUCUACUUCCGUCGCUUGUUCCUACUGUCAGCAACUGACCGCGACAAGCUAUUCGAGUGUAUUGCCAAUAUGCUUCAAGACAGCCAGCUCGAGGUGCGUGUAGGCGCCUCGGCGACUCUAUCUGGCAUGAUAAGAUGCUCCCCAGUUGCGCUGCGGGAGGCAUUUGUGAAAAAGUUCCAGGAACGAUUCACCAAAACCUUGAUCGAAAACCCUCUGCCCAAGAAACCCAGAAACCACCUUGGCCGAUCAUCAGCUACAUCUAGUCGAACCAGCACACCUACCCCGGAACAUACAAGACUCAUCAUCGUUCGACACGCCGCCGUACUAGGCCUCGGCGCUUUGGUGCAAGCAUUCCCCUAUGCAAGCCCGCCACCGCUCUGGAUGCCCGAUGCUCUGACCACGCUUAGCACCAAGGCUGCGCAUGAUCCUGGUGUCGUCGGCCAGAGUGUGAAGAGUAUAAUUAGUGAGUUCAAAAAGACUAGACAAGAUACUUGGCAUAUUGAUCAAAAGUCAUUCACACCAGAUCAACUUGAAGAUCUGGCUGGUGUUUUGUGGAAGAGCUAUUUUGCUUGA